AAUAUUACCAAAUCCUAAUCCAUUAUCCAACGUCCAAAUAGACUUUCAAUCUCUGGUUUUUGGUGCGAAGACUUUGAUUAUCUGUACUCUGUAGCUCACACACACAAAGUGAAGGAGAAAAGGAAGAAGAAGAAGAUCGAUCUAAGAAAGUAAUCAAUUAGUAAAGAUGAGUGCAGCAGAGAUUGAAUCAGAAACCCCAACACCUUCGUCUUCAUCUUCUUCCUCAAAUUCAACUACCACAACUGUUAAUACUCCCACGAUCGGCUUACUUUUAUCAAACACAGAAUCAAUACGCUCUUUCCUUAAUCUAUCAUCAUCAUCGUCAUCAAAUCUCUCUGAAAAUCUCCGGAAAUCCGCACUUUCUCUCUCAUCCCAAUCAUCAAUUCCUUAUCAAUCUCUGCGAUCCAUCUGGGCUUCCUCUGAUUCCACCACCAGGCCCUCUCUUUCACUCCUCCUUCGCGGUUCUUCCUUCCUCUUCACCAGCCCUGAACCUCGAGAAAAGAGCGAAGAGCUGAAAGCAAGAUUGAGGAAGCUAGAGGAAUUGGCUGAGAGGAAAGCAUAUGCAGAACUUGUGAAGGAUAUUACUCCAAAGAAGCCAAAUGAGCCUUUCUCAUCUUACAAGGACCAGCUUGGAUUUGGUUUACAUGUUGUGGUCAUAAUGUUUACUGGUUUCCUAUUUGGAUACUUCGCCUUCAACGCAUUGUUCGACCACAAUCCCGUCAUGAGUACUGCAGGAGGCAUCCUGGGUUUGGUUUUCGGCAUGCUUGUGGAAACACUUCUUUUCAUCAUUAGGACUAAUGAUUUCAGUGAUAAAUCACCGUCUUCCCAUUCUCCUUCUAACUUGACGAUUAAGAAAAACCAGUAGACUACCAAGUCUCGUUGUAUACACUUUUUUCCGAAUAAGUAAAGUUCAUUUUAUUGUAUACAGAAAAGAGUAAAAGUUAUCAAAGUGGAUACCUUUACUUAGUUGACAGGUUUUUUCAAUCCUCGCGAAGAAGAAGGAACACUGCACAUGUUUUGAAGAUUGCUUAAGAUUUUUUUUAUUUUGUUUUGUUAAGUUCUUGAAGGAAGCUUGCAAAUCUUCACUGAAUCUGAAUUUACCAAUAUAUGUUCAGGAAUGCAACUAGUUGAUUGGAUA